CGGUUCCUCAUUCAGCCAGCCUGCCUGUACACAGCGUUUCAGAGAUGGGCGAUCGGCUGAAAAAGAAUAAACACAUGUUACAGCACUUAUUAACAGUGCUAUGUGACGCUUUUUUGCUCAGUUAGUCAGUUCGCGCCGUUUUGCUGUUGCCUACGGGACUUGAGUUUUAUUUUAGGCCUAUUCUAUUUUGUUUUACUUAAAUUAAAUUGUUUCUCCGAGGACGUCUAUAAUCUUUGUGAGGCAAAAUGCCGGAAUUUAUAUCAGUGGAUGAGUUUAUCGCGGAAACAUUGGAGGACUACAGCUCUCCAACCACCUCGGCUUUUACUACCAAAAUGACAAGUUGUCGGAAUUCUGUGAACAACAUCGAGGAGGCCCUGGACUGCGACCGUACCGUCCUCCAGAAGCUGAAGAAGGCUGCCAAAGCCAAACACAUCUCUGGUCAAGAUCACAUAUCGCAUCUGGAGGUGUACAUCAACUCCAUGGAGAAGCUGGCCGUGAAUUUCCGCAGCAGCGGGGAGCAGGAGGUGGCGUCUGCCUUCAACAAGUUCGCUGAGUUCUCCAAAGAGCUGCUGACUCCCAUGAAAAACCUGUUGAAGAGCAUGCUUCACAACAUCAACUUCUUCUUGGAUUCUCUGGUGAAAGGGGACCUGAAAGAGGUGAAAGGGGACCUGAAGAAGCCAUUCGACAAGGCAUGGAGAGAUUACGAGAGCAAAUUCACUAAGAUUGAGAAGGAGAAGCGUGAGCUGGCUAAGCAGUAUGGCAUGGUGCGCACAGAGGUGAGCGGAGGAGAGAUCGCGGAGGAGCUGGAGAAGGAACGCCGCAUGUUCCAGCUACAGAUGUGCGAGUACCUCAUCAAAGUCAAUGAGAUCAAGACCAAGAAGGGCGUGGAUCUGCUGCAGAAUCUCAUCAAGCACUACCACUCCCAGUGCAAUUUCUUCCAGGAGUGCCUGGUGGCCACAGAGAGGCUGAAGCAGUACAUCGACGACCUGACAGGAGAGCUCACUCAAAUUAAGCAUUGUCAGGAUGAGGAGAAACGACAGCUGUGUGCCCUCAGAGACCAACUCAGACCUGCACUGCAGCCAGAACUGAAAGAGGACUCGCUCAGCAAACAGACUGUGUACAGUAUGCACCAGCUGCAAGGAAAUAAGCAGUACGGCACGGAGAAGUCCGGAUACCUCUACAAGAAGAGCGAUGGGCUGAGGAAGAUGUGGCAGAAGAGGAAGUGUACGGUGCAGAACUGCUACUUGACCAUCGCCCAUGGCACCCCCAACAAAGCCCCAGCCAAGCUAAACCUGCUCACCUGCCAAGUCAAGCCCAGCCUGGAGGACAAGAAGUGUUUCGACCUCAUCUCUCAUAAUCGCACAUAUCAUUUCCUGGCUGAAGAUGAGCCGGACUGUGUGGCGUGGAUCUCGGUGCUGAGUAACAGUAAGCAGGAGGCGUUGAACGUGGCGCUGGACGAGCGGCGUAACGCGGGGGGAGAGAGCAGCGUGGAGGACCUGACGCGCGCCAUCACGGACGACGUCAGGCGCAUGCCUGGCAACCACGUCUGCUGCGACUGCGGAGCUCCAGAGCCUGAGUGGAUCUCCACCAACCUGGGCAUCCUGACCUGCAUCGAGUGCUCGGGCAUCCACAGGGAAAUGGGGGUGCACUACUCCCGAAUACAGUCCCUCUCCCUGGACAAGCUGGGCACCUCCGAACUGCUGUUGGCGCGUAACGUGGGCAACUCCGGCUUUAACGAGAUCGUGGAGGCCAACCUGCCCAGCCCGUCCAUGAAGCCCCGCGCCCAGAGUGACAUGGCGGUGCGUAAGGACUACAUCCUGUGCAAGUACAUGGACCUGAAGUUUGCCCAGCGCAGUGGCAGCUCUUCUGGCAGUUUACGCCGCUGCCUGCAGGAGGCAGUAAGGAGCAGAGACAUCUUCAGCCUGCUGCAGCUCUACGCAGAGAGACUCGACCUCAGCCAAACACUGUCUAGCCCACUACAGGAGAAGGGGGAGACGGCUCUGCACCAGGCUGUACUGCUGGCCGACCGCACCUCUCUACACAUGGUGGACUUCCUCGUGCACAACAGCAACAACCUGGACGCGCAGACGGCUCGCGGGAACACGGCGCUGCACUACUGCUGUUUGCAUAACAAGACCGAGUGCCUUAAGCUGCUGUUGCGAGCCAAGGCCAACACGCAUAUCAAAAAUGAGGCAGGAGAGACAGGACUGGACUUUGCACACAAACUCAAGCACAUCGACUGUGAGGAUCUGAUAAACCAGGCUCAGAAUAACCAGUUCAAUAUGCACGUGCACGUGGAGUAUGAGUGGCGACUGCGGCAGGAUGACCUGUAUGAGAGUGAUGAUGAACUGGAUGACAGGGUUGGCCCAGUGAAGAAGGAGCGCUCUGGAGGCCGUCCCUUCAGCCUCUACCAUGGAGGCCUGCUGAGUCAGGAUCGUGGAGGAGGAGGAGGAGGAGGUGGGGGAGGAGGAGGGGGGCUCUUCAGCGUGGGCCGCAGACUGGCUCUGGGCCGGGACCACCGCAGGGAGGUGUACGCCAGCCCCAGCUCUCAGACUCGCAGCCUGGACAGCCCUCCGCCGCCCCCUCCCUCCUCCCCCGCACCCCCACUGCCACCCCGGGUCAGAGUGCCCAACGUGCCGCCCCCUCCUCCUCCCCAAAGCCCCCCUGAUGGCUGGUGUGAUGUCAUCAGCAGCAUGGGGGGCGGUGGUGGGGGCAGUAGUAAGAAGAGGACCCCUCCCCCACCCCUCAUCAUCCGCCACAAGCGCACCUACUCCGAGCCUGCACCACAGGUCCCACACAGCCCUCACGCCUCCCGACACUCACACGCAGAUUAUGGUGUGCCUGUCAGCUCAAGAGUCUUCAGUGGGCCUGAUUCCUCCUUUCAGAAGUGUGGGCCCGGCUCUCCCAAGUACACCGCCACAGCCCUCAACUCCCUGUCGGAGCUACCGGAGAGAGGCUACCGAGCAGACGGUGAGAGCAGCCUGACCCCCACUCACCUGCUGUACCAGACGCCCCCCCACCAGACGGGCAGCAGCAGCGGAGGCCUGGGGGGCCUGAGCCUCUGCCUGGGGGGGUCUGGGCCUCCCGUCUCCCCCACGCGCUCCUUCAGCAUGGAGUCCAACGGCUCCUCCUCCUCCUCCUCCUCCUGUCACCAUGGCAACCCACCGCAUCCGUUGCCGAGGAGAGCUACGGCUAAGUCAAAGCUGCGGCGAGUGAAGGCUGUAUAUGACUGCGUAGCUGACCACCAUGACGAGCUGACGUUCAAUGAGGGAGAGGUGCUGGUGGUGCUCGGAGAAGAGGACUCUGAUUGGUGGCACGGCUAUGUGGAGGGACUGCCCGGCAAGAGGGGUCUGUUUCCCGCCUCUUUUGUCUCGCCACUGUCCGAGUGACGCACGGCUCGGAUGCGACCAGAUGAUGAUGGCUCGUCUCCCCGCACCAGCCGAGCCCCCCUCCACCUCCGCUGCCCCCUCUCCACCUCCACCCUCCUCCCCCCUCUCCUCUGUCCCCUCUCC